AUGGGUUGCAACAUAGGUGCUACCAGCUUUCUUAAAGCUCAGCUCGGUGAUAGCCCUAGAAAGCUUUUGCUGAUGUUGAAAAAAUACAUGAAAUUCAUAGGACCAGGUUUAAUGGUGUCCGUUGCAUACAUGGACCCAGGAAAUUAUUCGACUGCGGUAGCUGCUGGGUCAGCAUAUAAGUACAAUUUAUUAUUCCUGAUUCUACUUUCGAACUGCUUAGCAAUAUUUUUACAAGUAUUGUCAGCGAAGUUGGGCGCAGUAACAGGUUUAGAUUUAGCAUCGAACUGUAAGAAUAAUUUUUCUUUCAGGACUAAUAUUUGCAUUUACAUCUUGGCAGAGAUUGCCAUUAUUGCUACAGACUUAGCUGAAGUAGUUGGGACUGCAAUAUCAUUGAACAUACUUUUUCAUAUUCCCUUGUUUCUAGGUGUCUUGAUUACAGUGAUAGAUGUCUUGAUCGUUUUGCUGGUUUACCGACCUAAUGGACCAUUGUUUUUCAUAAGAAUAUUUGAGCUAUUUGUUUCUGCUCUAGUCGGCGCUACUCUUGUAUGCUUUGCAAUCGAAUUAUAUCAAGUAUCGCAUGACUCAGGAAUUAAGUUUUCGAUCUCGGAUGUUUUAAAAGGGUUCUUGCCAAAUCAAGAUGUAAUAAAUAUGGAAGAUAGAGAAGGUGGUAAUGGAUUGUUUUUGAGUCUUGCGAUUUUAGGAGCUACAGUGAUGCCUCAUUCAUUAUAUUUAGGUUCAGGUUUAGUCCAACCAAGAUUGAAAGAUUAUGACAUCAAGCAUGGAUUUUACUUUCCCGAUAAAGACCUUCCGAUUGAAAGCAGUGAAGCGCAUGAUGUCGAUGAAGUAGUUGUACAAGCUCCUUCUUUGAGUGCACAAAAUGAAGAGUUUGAAAAGAAUGUUGACUCAGAAGAGUAUUACAGACCAUCUAUUCAUGCGAUUAAUGAGACAAUGACAUACACUAUCAUUGAGUUGGUUAUAUCAUUACUCACAGUAGCGUUAUUUGUUAAUUCGGCAAUUUUAAUUGUGGCAGGAGCAACUUUGAAUAACGAUGAGCUUCAAAAGUAUCCAAGGGAUGAUCAACAUGAGGACGACUCAGACAGUGAUGGCGAAAAUAAUUACACUAACGCAGAUUUAUUCACAAUUUAUAACCUCUUGUCUAAUCACUUAUCUCCUACUGCAGGGUUUGUGUUUGCUCUUGCAUUACUUUGCUCUGGUCAAAGCGCGGGCGUUGUUUGUACGUUAGCAGGACAAAUGGUGUCAGAAGGGUUUCUUCUGUGGUCGCUACCACCUGUAACACGAAGAUUGAUAACUAGGGGCUUGGCUAUCAUUCCAUGUUUGCUAGUCGUGAGCUUUACUGGGCGUGAAGGACUUGGAAGAAUCUUAAAUAGUAGCCAAGUCGUUCUCUCUAUUCUACUUCCAGUAGUUAGUGCACCAUUAAUUAUGUUCACAUGCUCGAAGAAGAUUAUGAGGGUGCCAAUUUUUGAAAGGGAUGGUGAUGAAACUGUCGAUAUUAUAGUUGACGCUGAAGAAACAUACUACCGGGAUAAUUCUAUCCCUGGAAAAAGUUAUAAGAACGAUAGAAAAUUUCAGUCAACAGAUGCUGCAAUCAUGCUUCAGGAUCUUCGAAAGUCACAUCCUUGUGCUGGUUGGGAAGGCGAUGAUAUCGAGGGUGAACACCAAGGCUUGAUGGAUCCUGUGACCAUAUCUCUGUCUACCAGUCUGCAGAAAUACUCUCCCUAUGACCGCCAUAACCUUGUGCAAGAGUCUUCAACUGACAGUGCUAAUAUUGGUAACGAUAUAGGACAGAGAAUUAAGGGUUUUAAAGACAUGAGCAAUAGUCGGUUCACAGCUUUCGUUGCAAUAUUAGUAUGGGGAUUCAUAACAUGCUUGAAUUUAUAUUUAAUCGGAAGUUUUAUUUUAGGUUUUGACGUACCUUUAUGA